AUGCACAACUUCAUUGGGUCUCCUGAGUUGCUCGUCGGGGAUAGCACAUUCCGAGACCAGCUCCAUGCAUUUGAUGUUUCAACAAUUGUUGUGGACGAGUUUCACACAAUUGCAUGUUGGGGUGAGAAGGAUGACAGAAACGCAUUCAGAAAAUGGUUCAGCUACAUUGGGGAACUUCGUUCCAUUUUCCCAUCUGUUUCAGUUCUGGCACUAAGUGCAACCUGCUGCCAUAAAAUUUGCAGAAGAGUCCGCAAAGUCCUAAAUUUGAAGGAUGAUGCAACCGAGAUCCGACUGUCACCAGACAAACCAAACAUAAAACUGGUUGUGAAAAAAAUUCCAAAUUCUGUUGACCUAGGAAUGGCCUGGAUCAUCGAUCAGUUAGACUCUUUUCCGAGAACUAUCAUAUAUUGUAACAGCAGCGUUUCCUUCUGUGAGAUGUUUCAUUCUGAGACACCAGAUGCAAAGAAGGAAAAACUACUGGAUGACCUUUGCAACGAACAAGGAUCAUUGAGAAUCGUUAUUGCAACCAGUGCCCUUGGAAUGGGGAUAGAUAUAACUGGUACAAACAAUGUAAUUCUAUAUGGUGCCCCGAAGCAGUUAGUGGAAGUAGUUCAGGAGAUUGGCCGUGCUGGUCGGGAUGGAAAUCCAGCUCUUGCGUUACCCCUUUACAAUUCAUAUCACCUAAGAAAAGUAGAGCAGGAGGUGAAGGAUGUUUACAAUUCACAAACUUGUAGAAGAAAAAUGUUGUUGAAACCUUUUGUGAAGGAAAGUGAACUUACAAUAAAAGAUCCCCACCACAUGUGUUGUGACAGAUGUAUGCUGUUGUGCAAAUGUGAUGACUGUCAUAAAGAUACAUUUCCUCUUGAAAAAAUGAUAAAAGAUGAACCAUCAGUCUUAGACAGUGACACAAACAGUGAUUCUACUGAACUAUAUGAUGAUGCUGAACUUUUAAUUGAAUCAGACACCGAGUUUGAUUAA